UCGCAACACAUCCGAAAUCUAAUCAUUCUAUCCCGACCCCGCUGAAACGAAACAGUAUUAAAAAAAAAUUUCAAAAAUAUUCGAUGAAAAUAAUUUUUCAACAAAAAACUACAGUCAAAUAAUUUUUUAACUAAAAAUAAACAUGAAUAUGACAGCGAAAGAAUACCUACAAUAUCAGCUCAUUAAGCGGGAGCUGGAAAACGAAGAGCUCUUGACUUUUGAGGAUCUCUUGGAACUGACCCAAAUUUCUCCCCGCAACCUGGCCAGGGCGCUUGAUAAGGUGGCCCGCGAAUUUCGUUUCUAUAAAAAGAAAAAAGGAGCAGUAAAUGUGGUAGCUGCUGGAUUAUCGGAAGUAUCGGGAAAUACAGAAGCAUCUGGAUUCUCGGGUCUGAUGGGGCCAUCAAAAUAUUCGGGACUUGCUAGAUUACCAGGACCAUCCGGUCACUCAGGGAACUCGGGACCAUCUGUUUCCUCAGGGCCACCAAAGUAUCAGAGAUUGAAGGCACCCAAAAAAAGACUUGAGCUGGAAUUCGAGAAGGCGGCAGCUUCCCAGGUGAAGACAAAGGCAAAGGAUGGCAGCAGUGCCCUAUGUUUAUCCUUCAGCAUCAUGAGCCUCGACCAGAACGACGACGACGAGCUUUAUCAGAUGGACGAUGAGGAACAUGAAGAUCAUAUGAGCUUCGAAUAUAUGGUAAUCCUUACCCGUACACAUCCAUUAAUGCUGGAACGCAGCAUCCGCCAUAUGGCUCGCCAUGGCAGGUUCCUGAAGGACAAAGAAUAAGUCGGCGCCCUUUUGGCCACAAUCGUUCAAUGUUUCAUGUUCAAUUGUUAUUUAUACCGAGGGUUAUAUGAUAUCCAUGUCACACUAUUACUACUAGUCGUUUUGAAAUUGUUUAGAAGUUGUAAAAAUAAAAAUAGUUAAAAAUGUGCCUA